AUGUCCUAUUCGCGGGUCGACAACGGCGCUACCAUCCCGUCCGGCCCCGGCCCGAACCCGCGUGGCCAACCUCCGUACGACCCCAGCAGCGCGCGCGGCGCCAUGGCAUCCUCGCGUCCGCACGGCGCGGCGCCCAGAAACAACGGCGGCACCGCCAGCGAAUCAUCGUCCAACGUCGGUGGUUCCGAGUUUGGGCCCUACUCGCACCUGCGCGGCAGGGGCAACCCCAACAACGGCAACGGCAACGGCAAUGGCGGCGGCGGCGGCGGUGGCGACCCGCGCGGCAAGUACGCGCCCGCUGCGGGCGGUGCCAGCGCCGUCGGCAGCUCGUCGUCGAGCCACAGCUCGUCGCAGCGCUACGCCGCGGCCCAGAACGCGCAGCUGCUCGUCGACAGCAAGGACGCCGAGCCCGACGACUACCUGCACAACCCGGACGCGGACUGGGACAAGUCGUCGCACGCCUUUUCGGUGCGCGGCUUUCUCAACGUCCUCACCCUGGCGCUCAUCGGCCUGGCGCUGCUGAUGCUCUUCGCCGGCUACCCGAUCCUGGCCAACACGCUCAAGGUGUUUGACAACAGCAAAAAGGGCGGCUUCAACAUCGGCGGCACCAACGGCUCCGGCCAGGUGCCCGACCUCCAGAUCCGGCAGCUGGUCGACAAGGACACCAAGGAAGAGGUCAAGCGGAUCCGGCUGCAGAACGUCGACUACCAGCUCGUCUUUAGCGACGAGUUUGAGCAGGAGGGCCGCACCUUUUGGCCCGGCGACGACCCGUUCUGGGAGGCCAUGGACUUCUACUACGGCGCCACGUUCGACUUUGAGUGGUACUCGCCCGAGGCCGUCAACACGACCAACGGCGCGCUCCUCAUCACGAUGGAGGAAAAGGUGACGCACAACCUCAACUUCCAGUCGGGCAUGGUCCAGUCCUGGAACAAGUUCUGCUUCCAGGGCGGCUACAUCGAGUUCAGCAUCAAGCAGCCCGGCACGCCCACCACCAAGGGCUACUGGCCCGCCGCCUGGAUCAUGGGCAACCUCGGCCGCCCGGGCUUCCUCGCCUCGACCCACGGCAUGUGGCCGUACAGCUACCAGUCGUGCGACACGGGCGUCCUCGAUGGCCAGAUGUACGUCAACAAGAGCGGGCCCUACGACGUGCUCCACUCGACGGCCACGUUCGCCGAGCAGGGCCGUCUCAACUUGCUGCCGGGCAUGCGCACGCCCGCCUGCACCUGCCCCGGCCAGAGCCACCCGGGCCCCAACAACAACGUCGGCCGCUCGGCGCCGGAGCUCGACAUCCUCGAGGCCCAGAUCCAGACGCACCGCGGCGAGACGCACUCGUUCGCCUCGCAGUCGAUCCAGACGGCGCCGUUUGACAUCCGCUACGAGUGGGACAACAGCACCGCCACCAUCUACGACGACACCAUCACCGAGUUCAACACCUACACCGGCUCGACGCUGCAGGAGGCCGUGUCGGGCGUCACCCAGAUCCCCGACCGCGGCUUCUUUGGCACCAACGACGAGUUCAUCACCUACGGCCUCGCCUACGAGCCCGACUGGAACGCCGACGGCGGCGGCUGGGUCGUGUGGUACAUUGACGGCAAGCCGACGUGGAAGGUGACGGGCGCCUCGAUCGGACCCGUGCCCAAGCUCGACGUCGGGCAGCGCACCGUGCCCACCGAGCCCAUGUCGAUCAUCAUGAACCUCGGCAUCGCUUCGGGCUUCCAGCCCGUCGACUUUGGCCCGGGCGGCGUCUCGUUCCCGGCGUACAUGGCCUUCGACUACGUCCGCGUCUACCAGCGGCCGGACGCCAUCAAGGUCAGCUGCGACCCCAAGGACUACCCGACGGCGCAGUACAUCGAGGACCACAUCAAGGUGUACACCAAUCCGAACCUGACCCUCUUCACCGACGCCUACGACUGGCCCACCAACAAGAUGGCCAAUGGCACUUGCUAG